AUGCCUUCAACCGAAUCCAAGCGCAUAUUAAUUGUUUCAAUGUCUUAUUAUAAAAAAUAUGUUAGCGAAGUAUUAAUAAAUAAACAAGGGACCGACCAAAUAGACUACAACUCCCCACGACUUGUGACACGCGAAGACACUGAAGUACGGGGUCUUCGAGUUGGCAAACUUGAUAUUGGUGACAAAGCUUUCGAAGCGUUUGAAGAUAGUCUCUGUGAUCCUAAUGAAGGGCUCGUUUCUCGUAAAUCAUUGUUCAAGGGAGUUGGAGUAGACCGAUAUAUUGUCGAAGUAGAUGAAGAGGCAGUUGUA